AUGUCACAUACGGCAGAAACCUUUCUACCUCCAGUGCUAGAUAUGGUUGCAGGCAUGGAGCAGACAUUUGCAUACAUGCCACAAGGUCACCGGACCUCUUCCAAGAUCACCAAGUAUGGGAGUCGCGAGAUGACCAAUCUGCUGGUCCAGCAAUAUCCGCCAUUGUUCCAUGCCUCUACCGAUGUCCCUUCGUUUGUACGGGCUCUAUCCUUAAUGAGAAACCUGCGUCAUCUUCGAAUCAAUUGUGGAGGCCAACCUCCAAGCCAUCGGUAUCGUCGAAGCGUGGUAGAUUACGCACUAAUAUCAUUGCGGAUUGCUAUCGAGCGAGCUCCGUUGCAGUUCCUGGAGUCUCUUUCUCUGCUGUCAGUUCAUCCCGGGGUUGCACUUUAUCUGAGACCAGAACUGAGUUUCGGUGCAUCGCCUGCCUCUCGCAAGCGCUGGUCUCAGAUCCGCAGUCUAACCAUCCAUAUGGAGAGCUUCCACCACCAUCCAGGUUUGCCAACCGAUCAUUUCAAGCUGCUCCACGCCUAUUUGAAAAGCUUUCCCGAGCUCCGGAGAUUGGUAUUUCAUUGGAAAGGCGAGAGGGGUCUGUCACCGUUUUCCCUGGCUACUGAGCCAUGUCUUCAAUACAAGAUCAAAGCCGAUUCGUCUCAACACCGCCCCCGACAACAAAGACUAUUUCUGAGUCCAUUGCAAUUCCGCCAUCUAGAGAAAAUAGAACUGGCCAACGCAAUCACUGAUGCGUCACAAUUAGCCUCCUUUGUAUAUGACCAUCGCCACAGUCUGCGGGAAUUCAAUUUUCAGAACACAACCCUGCGUAAUGGAACCUGGGAUGACGCUUUGGCCCCACUAACCCAACGCAGGGACCGGGAGCCUUGUAUAGAAACCCUCAAGGAAGACCCCGUCAACGUGCCCAUCAAGUUGACACCGGUAGGUAUAAAUCAGCAACAGUUGCAACGAGUGCUUUGCGCUGCUAAACGACAGCGAGGCGGGAUAGGGAGUUUGGCAAAAGCGAGGGGAAGCGGUGGGAGAAAGCCGAUCAUUUGA